AUGGCUCAGACCCACAAGCUCCGCAAACGAAUGAUCGAAUUGCGCCAAUACAUCGACAUCGAACAGCUUGAGGACCUCUACCUAGAUUGGCUCAGAUGGCGUGAAGGAUACUCACGAAGCAGCGUGACAAAAGUUGAGGACAAGUUGGUUGCUAUACAAGGUAUAGCUCAAGACGUUGGCUCCCUCUUCGACGAUAAGCUUAUUGUGGGGAUGUGGAAGAGUCGAAUUCUCCAGGACUUAUGUUUCAGCUUUGUUCCCGACACUGGUGUCACAAUGCGCCCGCCGCUCCGGAAGCUAGCUCCCUCCUGGAGCUGGGCCUCGACAAAUCAAAGAAUCUGGCCUGUAGAUAUGACGAGAUAUAAUACUCAGGGUACAUAUCUUGCCAAAGUCAUCAGUCUUGAUGUUUCAGAGACGGCCUUCAGAGGGUCCCAUUGGGCUAUGUUGUGGAUACAGUGCAACUUGAUACGCAUGAUUCCCAAAUGGGAUGUUCCCCGCUGGGACAAACCUUCGAUAUCUGAGGCUAUCAGACAAAAAGUUAGGAACGGCCAGAUGUCAGUCUUGCGAGGUUUUACUAUGGCGAAGACUGGUGUUUAUGUGGAAUACCGCAAUAUCCAUAAUGAGGGCAAGACGAUUGAUAAUAUACACGUCGAUCCGAAAGACCGCAGCCUUGAUGUGUAUAUGCUCGUCAUACGGCAGCUUCCUUCAACGAACUGGGAGAACAGGCAGGCAUGGGACGAGAUAGCUGAAGGGCUUCUGUUGACACGGCGGCCAGUACCCGAGCAUGCUUUCGAGAGGAUUGGCUUCUUCGAGAUGGAGGGCGAUGCGUGCCGUGAGCUUCUUGUUGAACACAAAGUUUCAGAAAACCAGAUCAUCGCAUUGGUUUGA